CGCAAAUCUGACAGUUCUCUGCCAGUCUGCGUUUUCUGCAACUUCAUCUCGUACAUUGUUCGAUUGUUGAUCAGUUUUCCGCUAAAAUUUUCCCAAGUUUCGCUUUCUAUUUGUUUACCAAGAUUACGUUCGUUCCCCGAAACAACGUUUCCAUUGUCUUAUCUUCGAUUUGUUUAUCUUUGAUUCGCCGGUUUCAUUUAAAGAGUUACAACCAGUGAAAUACAGCUGUUCCGGCACAGUCAUGACUUUCAAGUUUAUUGGCACCGCUAAAGCUAACGAGGUGAUUCCUGUGCACAAAUAUCGCUCGGAACGCACAGGAUUGACCGUCAUCGUUGGUGAAGUAGAAGGUCCGCUGGUCAAUGGUUAUUUUGCACUGGCAACCGAAGCGCAUGAUGAUGAUGGAUUACCGCACACAUUGGAGCAUUUAAUAUUUUUGGGUUCCGAAAAUUAUCCCUAUAAGGGAAUUCUUGAUCUGGUUGCCAACCGUUGUUUGGCCUCCGGUACGAAUGCAUGGACGGAUACGGAUCAUACAUGCUAUACGAUGACUACCGCCGGUAGCGGAGGCUUUCUGUCCUUGCUACCGGUUUAUUUGGACCAUAUUCUUUAUCCCACUCUAACCGAUUCAGGAUUUUUGACCGAAGUUCACCAUAUAUCUGAGGAGGGAGAGGACGGUGGUGUUGUCUACUGUGAAAUGCAAGGACGGGAAAAUACGGGUGAGUCCCGAAUCCAGUUGGAGAUGCUACGAUCGAUGUAUCCAAACUGCGGAUAUAGCUCUGAAACAGGUGGCAUUAUGCACAAUCUCCGAACCAGUACUAACAAUGAGAAGGUUCGUGCAUAUCACGCUGGAUUCUACCGUCCCGAUAAUUUGCAUGUGAUUAUAACUGGCCAAAUAUCGCCGGAGGAUAUUUUCAAAGCACUGGAACCGGUCGAGCAGAAGAUUAUUUCCAGGGGUGGACUGCCUCCGUUCGUGCGGCCGUGGCAAAAGCCGGUCGAAGCGUUGCCCGAAUCGAAGGACAUCCGAAUAGUUUAUCCAGCCGAUGAGGAAGAUUGUGGUCUAGUGAAUGUGGCUUGGCGGGGGCCCAAGGCUCGGUGUUACGAUACGCUGACCGCAUGUUCCGUUCUGUUGCGUUACUUGACAGACACAUCCGUUAGUCCUCUGCAACGGGAGUUUGUCGAGACUGAGGAUCCCUAUGCGAGUCGUGUUGGUUACAAUAUUGCGGAAAACUCUGAAUCUUUGCUUUAUAUUUCUUUUGAGAAUGUUCCGCUAGGAAAGAUUGACGAAAUCUUCCCUAAAUUGAAGGGAGUGUUGGAAAAAAUCGCUAACGGGACGGAGAAGAUCGACAUGAAAAGGAUGGGGAGUGUCUUGGAGCGAUACAUACUGGAGUCGUUGAGUAAUUUGGAAAGUAAUCCGCAUGACGAUGUAGCUUUCCAUGUGAUUGGCGAUGUGUUGUAUGGUGAGGUGGAAGAAGAUUUUGAAUGCCGGCUGAAUGCAAAUCGAUAUUUACAACAAUUGAAAGGAAAGGGCGAUGAAUUUUGGAUUUCUAUACUUACUCAAUAUAUCGUUAACACGAAGCAUGUGGUCGUUCGGGCAGUCCCCAGCAUCGAGGAGCAAAAGCGUUCUGCCAAGGAAGAACAGGACCGUGUCGAACAGCAACGGGCUGCGCUGGGAGAAGAAGGUCUCGCUAGCAAGGGUAAACAACUCCACGAUGCAAUGGCAGCCAAUGAGAUUCCACCACCAGACGAGAUGUUAACUUCGAUUCCUGUACCAUCAAUCGAUGGUAUUAUGUUUCACCCUGUGGAAAUCUUCAGGUCUACCGAAGGAAAGAAUCCCCCGGGAUUGAAUUUGGAAGAUUUGCCUGUCUAUGCGGAAGCGUAUCAUUUGCACACCAAUUUUUGCUAUUUGAUGGUCACCAUGAACACGGAACCGGUGCAACCAGAAUUGCGCCCAUAUCUGUUACUGCUAAUGGAACUCUUGACCGAAUCACCAGUCCGACGGGGUGACGAACUGAUGCCUUAUGAAGCCGUUGUGGCGGCGCUUGAAUCGGAUACGAUCGAAACGGAGGCACGACUGGGCAUCGACACCAGAUCUCGCUUCAGUUUGGGCCCAUUCAGUAACACUGCCACGCUUUGUAUGCAAGUGGUGCGCGAAAAAUACGAAACUGGCAUUGGCUGGAUAACCGAUUUGCUGCACAAUACCCAAUUUACCGCCGAGCGGGUGAAGGUUUGUGCGUCGAAAAUGGUGAAUGAUGUGGCGCAAUCGAAACGAGAGGGGAAUUCAGUGGUACGGGACCUGCUAAAGGCAAUGCUUUACGGGAGUGAAAGUAAUGUUCGCGUAAGUUCAAUCCUUAAGCAGCAGAAAUUUCUGAGUGCAUUGAUAGAGCGAUUGGAUAGCAGCGCUGGAGCUGAGAUCGUUACUAAUGAUCUGAACAAGGUUCGCGAAAUUAUAACCAAACCAGAAAACCUCGCACUGCAUGUCGCUGCCGAUUGGGAUGAGAUGGCCAGGCUGGGCGUCAUUUUGGAGGCACCCUGGGCGAAACUUAUCAAAGCGGAAGGAGUUCCAAAAAAGAUGCUUACCGUCAUCCCCGAUGGGAAGCUAAUGCAACCGGAUGGUGUUCUUUCCGCUGUCAGCGGAGUCGUUGUUGGAUUGGGAAGCGUGGAGAGUGCGUUUCUCUACCAGAGCUCGAAAGCAAUCAGCGAUUUUAACGAUGAGGAUUUGGCACCCCUGCUUCUGUUCUUGCAGUAUUUGACGCAACUUGAAGGACCACUGUGGCGUCAAAUUCGAGGCCAAGGAUUUUCUUAUGGUUAUAAUAUCGUUCCAAGGCCCAACGAAGGACUGCUCUACUUUACGUUAUACCGUGCGAGUAAUGUUGUGGCCGCCUACAAAGAGGCGAAAUCGAUAACGGAAAAACAGCUACAGGAUAAAGCGGAAUGGGAUCCAACACUGCUCGAAUCGGCACGCAGCUCGCUUAUUUUCGAAAUAAUCGCUCGCGAGAAGAGCAUUGGAAAUGUGGUUGUGCAAUCGUUCCUUUCGAGCUUCAAACAGGUUCCAACCGGGUAUAAUAAGGCGCUGGUGCAGCAAGUCGGUAAAGUCACCGAAGAGGAUCUGGCCCGAGUCGGGGGCAAAUAUGUGAAACAGUUGUUCUCGCCCGAGGCUAGGACGGCAAUUGUCUGUCAUCCUGACAAAGCGGCAGAUAUUGCGGCUGCCUUCAAUCAGUUAGGUCAUAAUCUUAAAGUUGAGGAGAGCUUGGAAAAUAGUAUCUUGGCUUAGUUACCUCGAUUUGCCAUAAUUAUGACGGGCAAUUGCAUUUACUUUGAAAUGAUGGAAGUUUGUUUUGAGAUCUGCUGCGGAAAUGAUGUGCAUGUACGAGUAGUUUUUGUUCAAUGUCCAAGGAUUGGAAAUAAAAAUGUGUAGAGUGGAACUUCCACCAUUAGUA